AUGGCCCUGAAAAUCGUGAUAAAGGUUAUCAUCAAAUGCGGGAAGGACAAGAAAUAUAUUUUCAAAGCAGUCGCCAAACUCGAAGGUAUCACCAGUAUAACGAUAGACGCUGACAAGGGAACAUUAACAAUCAUUGGAACCGUGGAUCCAGUGUGCGUGGUCUUGGCUCUGAGAAAGAAAUGCGGGAUAGGCGUGGAGAUCGUAACAGUCGGACCAGAAAAGCCUCCGGAACCUAAAAAAGACCCGCCUAAAUGCCCAGUGUGCCCUACAAAAUGCCUUCCGACGUGCCCUACAAAAUGCCUUCCAACGUGCCCUACAAAAUGCCCUACAAAAUGCCCUCCACUGUGCCUGCCUCCGCCGUGCCCUCAACCAUGCUCUCCUCCGCCGUGCCGCUACCCUCCACCGUGCUCUCUUGACCGUUGUCCUCCUCGUCAUUGCGAUUACGAUAGGAACUCCUGCCCCAUCCUUUGA